AUGGAUCAUGAACCCGUAAGAGCUAGAGAGAUAAUCCGAUCACAUGUCUUGCAGCUCAUUGAAUCAGUUGCCCCAACUACUACAAAUCUUAAUGAUACAGAAGAAAGCGAUUUGAAAAUGAGUAAUGUGUUAGCAUUUAUUUACAAAGACCAUACUAAUAGUACAAAUGAUGCAUCUACACAGUUAACGGGAUAUCUUUCAGAACCUCAACUUCGAUUUGACUUAAAUCCCUUAGAGUGGUGGAGAACACGAGAAGAAAAAUAUCCAGCAAUAGCAACUAUUGCCAAAAAAUAUUUAGCAAUCCCAUCAACAUCGGCAAGUUCAGAGAGGUGCUUCUCAACGGCAGGUAACAUUGUGAAUCCAAAAAUAAGUUGCCUUCUUCCUGAAAAUGUGGAUAUGUUGGUAUUCUUAUACCAAAACAGAAAAUUAUAUUUCUAG